AAUUAAAUGAUGGAAAAAGAAAAAAUGGAAUAAAAUUUGAAGCAGAUCAUCUAGAAAGCGAGUAUAAAGUUGCUAGGGUUUUGGCAUUUGUUUUUGAAUCUGUUUAUCUUUCACAAACUAGGGUUUGUUGCUUAAGCGAAAACAAAUGGAAGAAGAAAACGAUCUUAUUCAAGAUGAAGAAGAAGAGAUCACGCAGGAAGAUGCGUGGGCUGUAAUCAGUGCUUACUUCGAGGAGAAAGGUCUCGUGCGUCAACAGCUCGAUUCCUUCGAUGAGUUCAUCCAGAAUACCAUGCAAGAAAUCGUCGAUGAGUCUGCUGAUAUUGAGAUUCGGCCCGAAUCUCAGCAUAACCCUGGCCGCCAGUCUGAUUUCCUCGAGACUAUCUAUAAGAUAAGCUUUGGACAAAUAUACUUGAGCAAGCCAAUGAUGACGGAGUCGGACGGAGAAACAGCUACUUUGUUUCCCAAGGCUGCAAGGUUGAGGAACCUCACUUAUUCGGCUCCCUUGUAUGUGGAUGUCACAAAGAGAAUCAUAAAGAAAGGGCACGAUUGUGAAGAAGUAACUGAGACGCAGGAGUUCACCAAAGUCUUUAUUGGAAAGGUUCCUAUAAUGCUGCGGUCGAGUUAUUGUACAUUAUAUCAAAAUUCAGAGAAGGAUCUAACAGAGCUCGGGGAGUGCCCAUAUGAUCAGGGUGGAUACUUUAUUAUUAAUGGAAGUGAAAAAGUUCUGAUUGCGCAGGAGAAGAUGAGCACGAAUCAUGUGUACGUGUUUAAGAAGAGGCAGCCCAACAAGUAUGCCUAUGUGGGUGAGGUCCGUUCAAUGGCGGAAUCUCAGAACCGGCCACCCAGCAGUAUGUUUGUGCGGAUGCUUUCUCGGGCUAGUGCCAAAGGGGGUUCCUCUGGGCAGUACAUUCGUGCUACCCUUCCUUAUAUCCGAACAGAAAUCCCAAUAAUUAUUGUCUUUAGGGCGCUAGGGUUUGUUGCUGAUAAAGAUAUAUUAGAGCAUAUAUGCUAUGACUUCGCUGAUACUCAGAUGAUGGAGUUACUUCGACCAUCCUUGGAAGAAGCAUUUGUGAUCCAGAAUCAACAGGUUGCGUUGGAUUACAUUGGGAAGAGAGGUUCAACAGUGGGUGUCACUCGGGAAAAGAGGAUUAAAUAUGCCAAAGAGAUCCUUCAGAAAGAAAUGCUUCCUCAUGUUGGUGUCGGAGAAUAUUGUGAAACGAAGAAGGCUUACUAUUUUGGGUACAUCAUUCACAGGCUUCUACUAUGUGCACUUGGCCGGAGGGCAGAAGAUGAUAGGGAUCAUUAUGGCAACAAGAGGCUAGACCUUGCUGGACCUUUGCUUGGAGGCCUGUUCCGCAUGCUGUUCAGAAAGUUGACACGAGAUGUUAGAGGCUAUGUUCAGAAGUGUGUUGAUAAUGGGAAGGAUGUUAACUUGCAAUUUGCUAUAAAAGCGAAAACAAUCACUAGUGGCCUUAAAUAUUCCCUUGCUACGGGGAAUUGGGGACAGGCAAAUGCUGCUGGUACAAGAGCUGGAGUUUCACAGGUUUUGAACCGUUUGACAUAUGCAUCUACCCUGUCUCACUUGCGAAGGUUAAACUCUCCUAUUGGGCGUGAAGGGAAAUUGGCAAAACCCAGGCAGUUGCACAAUUCCCAUUGGGGGAUGAUGUGUCCUGCAGAAACUCCAGAAGGUCAGGCUUGUGGACUUGUGAAGAAUUUGGCACUAAUGGUGUACAUUACCGUGGGAUCGGCAGCGAAUCCCAUACUCGAGUUUUUAGAGGAAUGGAGUACAGAAAAUUUUGAGGAAAUAUCCCCUGCUGUUAUUCCUCAAGCAACCAAAAUCUUUGUCAAUGGUUGCUGGGUUGGCAUUCAUCGUAAUCCUGAGCUUUUGGUGAAGACAUUGAGACAACUGAGAAGACAGGUGGAUGUCAAUACUGAAGUUGGUGUUAUCCGAGAUAUUCGUUUGAAAGAGCUUCGACUUUAUACUGAUUAUGGCCGUUGUAGCCGUCCUUUGUUUAUUGUUGAUAAACAAAGGUUACUUAUAAAGAAAAAAGAUGUCCGGGCCUUGCAACAAAGGGAAUCCCCGGAUGACGGUGGCUGGCACGAUCUUGUGGCAAAAGGAUUCAUAGAGUAUAUAGACACAGAAGAAGAAGAGACUACCAUGAUUUCCAUGACUAUUAAUGACCUUAUAAGUGCAAGGCUCCAUCCUGAGGAGGCUUAUUCCGAAACAUAUACCCAUUGUGAAAUCCAUCCAUCUCUGAUUUUGGGUGUCUGUGCGUCUAUUAUCCCGUUUCCUGACCAUAACCAGUCCCCUCGUAAUACGUACCAGUCGGCAAUGGGCAAACAAGCCAUGGGGAUUUAUGUCACAAAUUACCAAUUGCGAAUGGAUACACUUGCCUAUGUGCUAUACUAUCCCCAGAAACCUCUUGUUACUACUCGUGCCAUGGAGCACUUGCACUUCAGGCAGUUGCCAGCUGGCAUUAAUUCUAUCGUUGCUAUCGCCUGCUAUUCCGGAUAUAACCAAGAAGAUUCUGUUAUCAUGAACCAAUCUUCGAUAGACCGUGGAUUCUUCCGAUCGUUGUUCUUCCGUUCAUACAGGGAUGAGGAAAAGAAGAUGGGAACAUUAGUUAAGGAGGAUUUUGGCCGUCCAAACAGGGAAAAUACUAUGGGGAUGCGACAUGGAUCUUAUGAUAAAUUAGAUGAUGAUGGUCUUGCCCCUCCUGGCACAAGGGUCUCAGGUGAAGAUGUUAUUAUUGGAAAGACAACUCCAAUUGCUCAGGAUGAAUCUCAAGGGCAAGCUUCACGGUACACACGCCGUGAUCAUAGCACAAGCCUAAGGCACAGUGAAAGUGGGAUGGUAGAUCAGGUUCUGUUGACAACAAAUGCUGAUGGUUUGAGGUUUGUGAAAGUAAGAAUGAGGUCCGUCCGUAUACCUCAGAUUGGAGACAAGUUCAGCAGUCGACAUGGUCAGAAGGGAACAGUUGGUAUGACAUACACACAAGAAGACAUGCCAUGGACUGUGGAAGGAAUUACCCCAGAUAUUAUUAUGAACCCACAUGCUAUUCCUUCUCGAAUGACAAUCGGCCAGCUCAUUGAGAACAUUAUGGGGAAGGUUGCAGCUCACAUGGGGAAGGAGGGGGAUGCUACUCCUUUUACUGAUGUCACAGUGGACAAUAUCAGCAAAGCGCUCCACAAAUGUGGGUAUCAGAUGCGUGGUUUUGAAACCAUGUACAAUGGUCAUACAGGCCGGAAGUUGACUGCGAUGAUAUUCCUGGGUCCGACGUACUAUCAGAGACUGAAGCACAUGGUGGAUGAUAAGAUCCAUUCACGUGGGCGUGGUCCAGUACAGAUUCUUACAAGGCAGCCUGCUGAAGGACGGUCUCGUGAUGGAGGUCUCCGGUUUGGGGAGAUGGAACGAGAUUGUAUGAUUGCUCAUGGGGCUGCACACUUUCUCAAAGAGAGGUUGUUUGACCAGAGUGAUGCCUACAGAGUUCAUGUUUGUGAGCGUUGUGGGCUGAUUGCUAUUGCCAACCUAAAGAAGAACUCGUUUGAAUGUAGAGGUUGCAAGAACAAGACCGACAUUGUUCAGGUCCACAUACCUUAUGCAUGUAAGCUGCUUUUCCAAGAGCUCAUGUCAAUGGCCAUUGCCCCGAGGAUGCUCACAAGUGAAUUGAAAACAAUCAAAGAUAAGAAGAAAGUGACUUUGAACUGAUGCUGUAUUCUGAGGUGGAAUGGAUUUUCCAAGCUCAUGGCAUCAACAGUGAUGAUGAGCAACUCAUGCUGAAGUUAAUCAUUUCAAGCUAGAAACUGGUUGCAUUUGGAAC